CUUUGUAUACCACAUCUUUUCUUUUCAAGCGAGAGCCUUUCUCACUCGCUUGGAUACACGAUGAGUCCGCCAUCAACCCGUCGUGAAGUUCUUUGUUACCCGAUUGAUUCUUGAGCUGUGACUUGUGGGCGUUGCGCCAAAGGAUAAACAUUUGGGCAGUUUCGAUGUUUCUCCCCUCCCAUAUCGGCCCUGUUGAACCCACCACGGCUCCUAUGUCCCAUCAUCCUCUUUGCCGUCCAGUGCAACCCCUUCCCUCCUCCGGCCUAGUUUCGGGUCCGAACUCCGGUCCAUCUGCCCUUCUGUGCAAUGGCUCGACUCAACAAGCGCCGCCUCCCGUCAUUCCGUCUGUAUCAAACUCUGGAUCCACACCAGCUUCCGACUCCGUAUUCAACGGCGCAACCAGAUUCCAAUCAGAAAAGCAUACAAGCAUCACUGGCUACAAUAACCACUCUAAAGUCUAGGUAUGGAAGUCCAAGCAUGCCCCUGUCCGCUUGACUCCUAGGUUUUAGUGAAGGAUUCCACCGCUAAUCGGAUUGCGUAUAUAUUCAAGGGUUGGAGCAAUCGAUUGGUCUUGCAGAAUGGGG